AUGUCUCAGGCACGAUUUACAUCUUGUAUUCCGCUUCCAUUGGAUCAGAAAAAACUAGUAAACGUAAUAGAAAAGGCUAAAGACUGGGCUUUGAUGCACGGAGUCGGUAUGCGGGACAGAAAACACUUCAACAAAGAUGUGAUUCAGAUCGCACCAUUUGCUCUGCUGCCGUCCCCAUUCCCUAGGGCUGAGUUUGAAAAAGCUGUUGAAUUGCAACCUGUAUUGAAUGAGCUUAUGCAUAAGGUGGCGCACGACGACGAGUUUUUAAUGGGUACACUUCAAAAUGCCUUACAAGUAGACGAGUUCACCGCCAACCUCUAUGAUAUCUGGAUGAAGGUUCGAAACGAAGAAAUCAGACAGUCACUCAGCUUGGGCCUGUUCCGCUCGGACUACCUGAUGCAGCAAGCUGACAAGUAUAAAAUCAAGCAAGUGGAGUUUAACACGAUCGCCACAAGUUUUGGCGCGAUAUCGUCGCGUCUACCCGCAAUGACUCGCUAUAUUCUGCGACAGCUGGGACAUGGCGAUCUAGUUAAAAAUAUGCCCGAAAACCAUGCUCUGUCGGGCUUGUGCGCCGGUAUCAUAUCUGCCUAUGACUUGUUCGGCGUGCCUUCAGCAGUGGUAUUGUUCGUCGUAGAAGAGGUCUCGUACAACAUUUGUGAUCAGAGGUUCCAUGAGUUUGAAAUAUCUGAGAAACGACCGGACAUCAUGAUCCACAGAAUGACACUGAACGAGAUUUAUGAAGAAACUCAGCUCAAUGACAAAAAACAAUUGAUGAUCGAAGGCUCCCCGGUGGCAGUUGUCUACUACCGUUCUGGCUACGAGCCAGCGCAGUACCCUUCUUCUAAAGAGUGGGAGGCGAGACUCCGAGUUGAAAGAUCUACAGCAAUAAAAUGUCCGUCGAUCCACUACCAACUGGCCGGCACGAAGAAGGUGCAGCAAGCGUUGGCGGCGCCGGGCGUACUCGAGAAGUUCAUGGGAGACUCCGCAGCCACCAACCGAGUGAGGGACAUCUUCACCGGACUGUACUCAUUGGACUUCGACGAGAGUGGCGAGAGGGCCGUCGAAAUGGCACUCGCUGAUGCCGAAAAGUUCGUGCUGAAGCCUCAGCGAGAGGGCGGAGGUAACAACAUGUACGGGGCAGAGGUGCGCGAGGCGCUCCUGCGCAUGCGCCACAGCCGCGAGCGAGCCGCCUACAUACUCAUGGAGAGGAUACUGCCGCCCUUGGUGCCUGGAUACGUCAUACGUCCAGGUGGUCCGUUACCACCCCCAGUCGUCGACAUUGUGUCAGAGCUUGGCAUAUAUGGCGUCAUCAUCGGAACGAAAGAGAAGGUGUACCAAAACUGCCAGGUGGGCCACGUGCUCCGCUCCAAGCUCGCCGACGCCAACGAGGGGGGCGUGGCCGCUGGCCUCGGCGCGCUCGACUCGCCCUACCUCGUCACCAUGUAG